AUGAUAAAAAUCGCCAGAUUUCCUUUUUCUCCCGAAUUCGACCGUCCGAUCCAGCGCAAAUGCCGUUCUCGUCGCUUCCAGCCAUACUCCAUUUCGCAAGAAAUGAUCACUCCUACAACCUGGUCAGCAAGAGUUGAUCUAGCGUCGCUUCCAACACAGAAAGAAGACCUCAAAAUCACCAAAGACGAGUCAAAGAGAGAGCUGCAAAUCUCUGGCUCAUCAAAAACAUCUGAAAUCAUCGAAGGAGUGAAGAUCGAGUCAACACACAACUGGAAGAGAACCCUUUCUGUGCCAAAAACAGUUGACGUUAAGUCACUCUCCUCCAAAUUCGAUGGAAAAAACCUAUUAUUCACUGCUGAUAGAAAGUCCGGUACUAACGUUCCAAUCAGUUUUGUCCAUAAAGACGAAUAA